GACUUAGUAUCCGAGUAUGAGAUGAUGAAGAACGCAGAUAAGCCUGAUACUGUAGAAGCAUCAGAGAGGUCUUACCCUCGAGGAAGCCGAUUGGGGUGGGUAGAUUUCAAAAUGGCCUUUAUUACUUGGAGCCCUUCACUAAUGGACGGAUGGCAAUGUUAGUGUCUCCAAAUGAUGAGGUGUGGCACCAACAUCUCGGGCAUGCUUCUGAUGACAAACUUCGUCACAUCAGUCAUUUGAAGGACUUCAAUCGGCAUACUGUUUUUUGUGACCCUUGUGUUCGACUCCCUUUUUCCCGUAGCACUAUUAAAACUAAACAAUGUUUUUAUUUGGUCCAUUGUGAUAUUUGGGGCGGUUACAAGUGUACCUCCCUUAUUGGUGCCCGUUAUUUUUGUCCACUAUUGAUGAUUUCACCCGUGGAGUUUGGGUUUAUCUCAUGCAAAAUAAGUCCG